UAGGUCUCAGUUCAAACAUUCAUCGUGAGGUCUGACAUUUAGACUACCACGCUAGCAACAUAUCAACAGACUUCGACAUGGCUCAGGCAGAAGAGAAAGAAAGUGCCGAAUCACUGCUGGCGGAUAUUCAAAAGAAAAUAACAGAUGCAUUUGAUAUCUUUGACCAUGAGUCAAACAAGACUGUUGAUGUCAGGGAAAUUGGGACCAUUAUCAGAUCAUUAGGCUGCUGUCCUAGCGAAGGUGAACUCCAUGAUCUUCUCUCUGAGAUGGAAGAAGAGGAGGCUACUGGAUACAUCAAGUAUGAUCGCUAUAAGCCCGUCAUGAGGGAAGUCCUCAUGGAACGCAAGUUCAAACCAUGCCCAGAAGACCAGCUUGUGAAAGCGUUUGAAGUGUUAGAUGUUGAGAAGAAAGGUCACCUUACAGUUGAAGAGAUGACAAAACUCAUGUCUGAAGAAGGAGAGCCAUUCACACAAGAAGAAUUGGAGGAGAUGCUGUCAGCUGCCGUGGACCCAGAAAAGGGACAUGUCUUAUAUAAAGAUUAUGCUUCAAUGAUGACUCUAGAUGCAGAAAUGUGAUACCACCCUCUUUCUAUCCUAGGCACUCAUUGAAAAUAUGGAGUGAAAUAAGUUAUUUCCAGAAUAUAAUACAUGAGGAUGCAUUCGCUUAAACGGACUUUGUAACAUUGUUCAGAUGAGAGAUAGUGGUGCUAAGGUAGUGACUUUAAUGCUAGAUGUACAAUUAAAGAUAAUCUGAAAAUUUGAGCGAA